AUGCGUCUCAUUCAACUCCCACUCGUGCUGCUUCUCAGUAGCUUCGUCUCAGCUGCAGCGAUCCCCUCCUCCCCGCACAGCGUCGUCACACCAGAAUGGUCAUCCCCGGAGACCGCCUCCUCUCCAUCAUUAGAUGACGCCAACUCCGGGCACCUUGCCAAACGAAGACCCUAUUACUUCCCUGAGACCGUCCCAGAUGAAGAAGAAAUCGCUGCCCGACUCUCCGCUCUUCGUGAGGCUGGCUACCUGCCAGACACGCAAACCCUGCAAGGACAUGAUCAAAAGUCAAUCGGAACUCCGGAUGCAGCGAUCGACAUGGACCCGAGUAGUGCACGGCCAUCACCCACUCAGGAGCCCCCCCUCCGCGCUAUCCGAACGAGACACUCCACGCUUCAGCUGGGCAGAUACCAUUCCUGGUCUAUUUCCAGCCGCCUGGUUCUUUGUCUUCGCCUCCGUUGUUGUCUGUAUCGUGACUGUGAUCAGGGGACUAAACGAUAA